UCUUCCUCAUUAAAGAUGCAGCCACCUGCUUGCAGUUAUCCUCUGGAAAAGGACGAAGACACACCCGAGGAAGAGAGGCACCUGAAGGCGGAACUGGAACAACCUCAGUGUGGUCGGGAGAACAGCAACUCUGACGGCGUCCCCUGGAAGCUUCCAGCAACCGGGCCUCUUAGUGGCGUGGAGAAGACGGAGCCAUCCUUCCCAGAGGUGCAGCGCCCAGACUGCGGGCCCUCUCCUCGACCCCCCCUGGAAAGCCUGUCCAAGAAGCACUGUCAGAACCAGGGGAAACUUCUCCACUUUGACCGGCAAGCCCCGGGCCGCGUCUCCACCUCCCCCACACUGAGGAGGUUAAGGGGCUGCAGCUGCGAGAGUGUGCGCGGGCUGCGCACCGCACUGCGCAUGUGCCGCCUCAACCGGCGGCCUUUAAAGGGCCCGCCUGGGGGCAGCUGCAGGGAGACUUCCGGCUCCUCGCAUUGCUUUUCCAGCGGACUAUUUGGAAGCCCGGAGGAGUCUUCGCACUCCCUGUGGCCCCUGAGACUCCACUCAAGAUUGCCUCCGGACCCCGAAAGGGCACUCAACGCAGCCGACUCGUUUGAGCUCCAAAUGGCGCCCAGUGAUGAGCUUGCCCUUCCCGUGCCUCAGCCCCUCAACGAGGGGUCGCUUCCUCAGGCCUCCCUUCCACGGAGUGGAGGCCAGCCAGCACCCAGCCGCGCCCCACAGCUCCCCAGGCCUCAGAGAGAAGAAUUGCAUCAGUCCAGGUAUGUGUGUCUUUAUUUUCUCUAGUGCUAUGAAGUCUGUUGA